GUGCAUGUGUGUGUGUGAGUCUGUGUUUACGGAGGAUGGGGGGUGUGCGUGCCCUGAACCAGAACACUCGCAGGGGGCAACAGAAAAGAAGCAGUAAGUUUGAGAGGAACAGAAAACUUCAGAACGAGACAGUGGAGGGCCAACAGGCAUGCCAGUCAAGACCGUCACUUUUGGAGCAGAUGCUGGCAACAGUUUUCUCCGAGCUGCCCGAUCUGGCAACCUGGACAAGGCCUUGGAGCACAUCAAAAAUGGCAUUGAUGUUAACACAGCCAAUCAGAAUGGGCUCAACGGGCUUCACCUGGCCUCCAAAGAGGGCCACGUCAAAAUGGUGCUGGAGCUCCUUCACAAUGGAAUCACACUGGAGACCACCACAAAGAAAGGGAACACAGCCCUGCACAUCGCAGCCCUGGCAGGGCAGGAGCAGGUGGUCACAGAGCUGGUAAACUAUGGGGCCAAUGUCAACGCUCAGUCUCAGAAGGGUUUCACUCCCCUCUACAUGGCUGCACAAGAAAACCAUCUAGAGGUUGUGAAGUUUCUUCUGGAGAACGGAGCCAAUCAGAGCAUUCCAACUGAGGACGGAUUUACUCCUCUCGCUGUGGCUCUUCAGCAGGGACAUGAGAACGUUGUAGCCCUGCUCAUCAACUACGGCACCAAGGGAAAGGUCCGCCUCCCUGCCCUGCACAUUGCAGCCCGAAACGAUGACACACGCACAGCGGCGGUGCUUCUGCAAAAUGACCCUAAUCCUGAUGUCCUCAGCAAGACUGGAUUCACUCCCCUCCAUAUUGCUGCACACUAUGAAAACUUGAACGUAGCUCAACUGCUGCUCAAUCGAGGAGCCAAUGUCAACUUCACCCCAAAGAACGGCAUCACCCCUCUACACAUCGCUUCCAGGCGGGGGAACGUUAUCAUGGUCCGUCUCCUGCUAGAUCGAGGAGCACAGAUCGAUGCCAAGACAAAGGAUGAGCUGACCCCUUUGCAUUGUGCAGCCAGAAAUGGGCAUGUCAGAAUUAUAGAAAUCCUGUUAGAUCAUGGGGCUCCCAUCCAAGCAAAGACCAAGAAUGGUCUGUCUCCGAUCCACAUGGCAGCGCAGGGAGACCACAUGGACUGUGUCAAGCAGCUGCUGCAGUACAACGCAGAGAUUGAUGACAUCACCCUGGACCACCUCACCCCUUUGCAUGUGGCAGCACACUGUGGGCAUCACCGCAUGGCCAAAGUACUGCUGGACAAAGGGGCCAAACCCAACUCAAGAGCUCUGAACGGCUUUACUCCGUUGCACAUUGCCUGUAAAAAGAACCACAUGCGUGUAAUGGACCUCCUGCUCAAACAGUCUGCAUCAAUAGAGGCUGUGACUGAAUCUGGCCUUACCCCGCUGCAUGUGGCAUCUUUUAUGGGACAUCUUAAUAUUGUGAAGAUCCUUCUGCAGAAAGGUGCUUCGCCCAGCGCUUCAAAUGUGAAAGUAGAGACUCCUCUCCAUAUGGCGUCUCGCGCAGGACACUAUGAGGUUGCCGAGUUUUUAUUGCAGAAUGCAGCACCAGUGGAUGCCAAGGCCAAGGACGACCAAACCCCCCUGCAUUGUGCUGCUCGGAUGGGUCAUAAGGAACUGGUGAAGCUUCUGCUGGAGCACAAAGCCAACCCCAACUCCACCACCACAGCUGGACAUACACCUCUGCACAUCGCUGCCCGGGAAGGUCAUGUUCAAACUGUACGCAUCCUCCUGGACAUGCAGGCGCAACAGACCAAGAUGACCAAGAAAGGCUUUACUUCAUUACAUGUGGCCUCCAAGUACGGUAAGGUGGAUGUAGCUGAGCUGUUGCUUGAGAGAGGAGCCAACCCAAAUGCAGCUGGGAAGAAUGGUCUGACUCCACUGCACGUUGCUGUACAUCACAACAACCUGGAUGUCGUUAACUUACUUGUUAGCAAAGGAGGGUCGCCACAUAGUGCUGCAAGGAAUGGCUACACUGCCCUGCACAUUGCCUCCAAGCAGAACCAGGUGGAGGUGGCUAACAGCUUGCUGCAGUACGGAGCUUCAGCCAACGCUGAGUCUCUGCAGGGAAUCACACCGCUCCACCUGGCCUCGCAGGAAGGAAGGCCCGACAUGGUCUCCCUGCUCAUCUCCAAACAGGCUAACGUCAACCUCGGCAACAAAAGUGGAUUAACACCCUUGCACCUGGUGGCACAAGAAGGACAUGUAGGCAUCGCUGACAUCUUAGUGAAGCAAGGAGCUUCAGUCUAUGCAGCCACACGGAUGGGUUACACACCUCUGCAUGUGGCGUGCCAUUACGGCAACAUCAAGAUGGUAAAGUUCCUCCUGCAGCAUCAGGCCAACGUCAACAGCAAAACAAGACUCGGUUACACUCCUCUGCACCAGGCAGCUCAGCAGGGACACACAGACAUUGUGACAUUGUUGCUGAAACAUGGCGCCCAGCCCAACGAGGCCACUACCCAUGGCACAACUGCAUUGGCCAUUGCCAAGAGAUUGGGCUACAUCUCUGUGAUCGACGUCCUCAAACUUGUUACUGAGGAGACUGUUUCCAUGACAACCACAGAGAAACAUCGUAUGAGUUUUCCAGAAACUGUGGAUGAGAUAUUAGACGUGUCUGAGGAUGAAGGAAUUGCGCAGCUAACUUUAGGAGAGGAGCUCUUGGGGACAGAAGGGGCCAGGUACAUGAAGAUGGAUGACAUGAAAGACCAUGAUGACGAUUUCCUCUCCCCCAAGAAAUCACUGGAAAAUUAUUCACCAGCCAUUCCCAGGAUUCCCCGUGUCUCACCAGAGACUGUGAAUCUGAAAGAACAUGAGAUAGAUCAG